CGUGGGUGUUCCAAACAUGGCUGACUGCGAGCCACUACCGGAUUUACCGACUACGCAGAAUACGGUGUUGAUAGGAAAGAAAAGCACCGAGUACAUCCUUCCCUUAUUUCCCGAAUAACCUUUUCCUUCAUAUCAUUUGCCUGGUUAUUGAAAACCCCGUUGCCAACCAUAAAAAGUUUCGGAAAAUUAGAGGUUGGUGAUUGCAUAUUUCAUUUUAUGAAUAUCUACGAUCUGUUAUCAUGAUUUUCAUCUUUUACCAAUUUCUUUUUCCGACGGUCGAUGAAUUUUCAGGGAUGAGCAGAGAGACACCGCCUGAGCCACUUAAUUUCUUUAUUUGGACAGUUGAGGAUGUUGGUUUGUGGUUGGAAGAAAUUAAUCUCGGUAACUAUAAACAAAGUUUCAAAGAAAAUGGUGUUAAUGGGGAGUUUCUGGAAGGGUUGUCAAUGUUCUCCACUGAACAGAUCCUACGGUUUAUAAGAAGAUGCCACAUGAAAUGGGGAGAUUUUAUAACAUUAUGUAAGGAGCUUAGGAGAAUUAAAGUGGCUUGCUUAAAGGGUGAACAGAAAGUACACGGUCCGUGGUGGGCUCCAUCAUGCCUUUCUGUAGUCUUUGUCAAGGCGGCCAAGCGCAACAGGCAGUCAAGAGUUGUUUCAUUGAAACUUGAAUCUUGACAUUUGGAGGAUUUUCACAACAGCAGCUUGUAUAUGUCGUUUAUCUUCUUUAGGUGUUGAUGGAUGGUUGGAUGCUAUGCCUUUUUUGGUUGCCUUUCUCUUCUUUUGAUGUAUACUUCCUUUGUUAAUGUUGUCGGUAUAUGUUUUUCUUGUGUUUCUAGUGGGGAGAACAUCCUCUCUUAUGAUUCUUAC